AUGCCUUCAGACGACUUCUUCGGAUUUUCCGUGCUGAUAGCCGGCCGACCCGUCCCCGAGUAUGCCAAGGACGGGCGCGUGUACGUCGAGAGCAACCUCUACGCGCCGUUCAGCUACAGGCAGAAGACGGAGCAGCUCGUGAACGGGGAGAUGGAGAUCGAGAGCGCUCCAGUCACGCCGUACCAGGUCCAGAUACGCCUAGCGUCGCACUGCGAAGACUCGGCCGUUUUCGUCUACGUUGACGGCGUCCUUGCCUCCAAAUUCAUGAUGGAGCAAGCCAGUCCAAGUAAAAUCAUCACUGGGUUUGUGGACAAGGAAGGCACCAGGGAAUUUCUCUUUUCUCUUCCUCGUUUUGCUGCUGACGAGACUGAUCGUAUAAGCAGCAAGCGGGAAUCCAGGAUUGGCUCAAUCCAAGUCAUCCGCUGCGAGGCCAGCUACGUUAAACAGGAGUACAGAAAAACAACAGACACUGUUUUCAACCAAGCGACAAAAAAAGAUGCUUACCGAGUCACGGAGGGGAAAUAUACCAUGUCCACCACCAAGAAGGGAAAGUUGAUCCACCAGGUCAAACCCUACGAUGUCCAGUUGAAGAAACUGUGGAGGAUCGGGAGGGAGUGUGGACGGCUAACAGUCCACUACCGCAUGGGCCACACUCUCGAGGGAAUGGGCGUCGAGCUCAGACCGACAGACUGGACCAAGAUCGUCAGCCGGAAAUCUUCCAAGGAGCGGUCGUCAUCUUCAAGCAGUGUGGAACUCCAGGGGAGCCCGCAGGCCCAGAGUCCAGAAGCCAGUCCACCACCACCACCGACAGUCAGACUCUCAGAACAACCAGCAGAGAGCAUAAACACUAGUAACAGACAUCACUCCAGUCCUUCUGUCCAGACCACGCCCCCUCCGUCACUUUCCCCUCAGCCCAUCUUCCACCAGCCAACCAUCUUUGUUGCUCAGAACACUGCAGGUGGCCUCAUCUACUUCCCCUCCAUCAUAUUGCCUGUCAAAUCAGAGCCAGAGGACCCAGCAAUAGACAUAGCAUCUAUACAAAAAUGUCCGUAAAUAUUUAUCAAACACUCUGUUUGUUAUUAUUAUGUGUUUGUGUAUCGCAAUACAGGCAAUCUCUCACCUUCUGUCACAAUUCUUUCUGAGAAAUAAGCAUCACUUUUUUCAUAACAAAUCUGAGAUUCAUGAUAAAUCCAGCUCUUCCUAUUUCUUGGCAAAGCUGGCUCCAGUUAGUGGGCUCCUGGCCUUUCUUGGAGCCACUAAUCAGUUCUGGGUUAGAGGUAUACUCAAGUUUCCUGCUAAUUGUAGGUCUCUGUGAGGGGACAUUCCUAGAAUCUGAUCUGAAUUUCUCUUCAGUUGAAGCACCAUACUAACAGGGUAGGCUACAUAUCUACUGACUCUAGCCUGUAGGAGAGCCUCAAUAUAGAUGUCUCAGAAUUAGUGAAUUCAGCCAGCUAUAGCUAGCACACUCUUUUCCUUGGAUGCACCCGCCCACUUUGAAAGAGCCAUAAUAUAGUGACUCAACAAAAAAACUAGCUACUGCCUUUCACUUUCGGUUUUAUGUUUACCAUUGCAUAGUUUUGAGAAUUACUCAUGCAUGUCUGUGAUAAGGGGACGAUAGAUAGCUACAACCAAAAUUCAUUCUCGUCUCUACAUUUUCCCAUGUCUGGUAAGUGGACCAUGCAAAGCCCACGUCUCAGCCCAUGUAGUUGAGCUGCUGUUAUACAUGCACCGUCCACUUUACUCCCAAGGAAACACUAAGUAGCUAAGAGCUCCUCCCACCUACAGCAGUGCGCGUGCAUGCAUGCCCUCGACAAGCGCCGCCUGGACACUGAGCUACAUCUCUCCAUGUCCGCCUUUAAAUAGACGGAGCAAUCGUACACUGGAAACGUACCGCACCAGGUACACAGCUGGCCAACCGCAUCACCGGCCACUUACGAAACUCCCCAGCGCGUUCGUUCUGGGUAUUGCAAGGCGGUUCCGACACGACACUGGAAAAGACGCCUUCCACUGAACAAGCCAAAAUAGAUCAAAUGCUAAGACUGCAGCGAUUCCA